UCAGCACUCUGCUGAAUCAUGUCUGCUCGCAACAAAGGCCAAUCGAGGAACAAGUUUCAGUCGUUGGCUGCAUCGGGAACGACGUCCGGACCAUCCUCACCCAGUAACGCUGCUGGCAAUGCAUCGUCGUCCAGCAUCAAGCCACGGGGCUCGUCUGCGGCUGCGGCUGCGGCUGCGGCUGUGGCGGGGCCGGCUUCAAUGACAAACGGAGCAAAGAAUCCCAGCAAGAAUUCAGCUACGUCCGCUCUUCCUGCUUCUGCAUCAUCUGCAUCGGGAUCCAUUCCCACUACUGCUGCUGCUGCUCGCAGUGACCGUGGACACUACGAUGACACCGACGAUGGCAGCGACGAGGACAGCGACUAUUCCGACCGGGACUCGGAAUAUCUAUCAGAAAACGAAGAGCAGGAAGACGAAAAGGAUUACGUACCAGGAGGAUACCACUUUGUCCAGAUCCACGACGUCUACAACAGACGGUACCAUGUUAUUCGCAAGCUCGGCUGGGGGCACUUUUCUACCGUAUGGCUCUGCGCAGAUCUCCAAACGAAGGAAUAUGUGGCACUGAAAGUCGUCAAGAGCUCGCAGCAUUACGCGGAUGCUGCUCGGGACGAAAUUCAAUUGCUUCGUGCUGUUCUCACAUCGGAUGUCAACGAUCCCGGGCGUUCAAGAGUUGUCAGAUUAUUGGAUGACUUUGAAAUCCGCGGUCCCAACGGCACUCACGUUUGCAUGGUGUUCGAGGUUCUUGGAGAGAAUCUGCUCAAGAUUAUGACCCGAAAUGACUUUAAAGGCAUCUCUAUCAAAUUAGUGCGCCAGAUCGCCUUCCAGACACUUCAGGCCCUCCACUACAUGCACUCCAAGUGCGCCAUCAUUCACACAGACCUCAAGCCCGAGAAUAUUCUUCUGACGAUGCCCGGAGACGAUCUCAUCAAGCUUGUUGCCGGCGCGGAAGAAGCGGCUAAAACUCGCUCUGGUUGCGCCACUGGAAAGCCAAGGAGCACCCCGGCAGCCCUUCUUAGUGAUUCCUCUGUGAAGCUUUCUCGUGCGCAAAAGAAGCGAUUAAAGGCCAAGUUGAAAAAGAAGCAGGCGCAGCAAGCGUCUACGCAGUCCGAGGCGCACGUCGAGUCGGAUGAUGGGGAGGCUAGCGAUGAUACAAUUCCGAUGGAAGUUGGGUCGCCCCCUUCUUCGGCUUCGUUUGGCCCGAUUCAUGAGCAUGACGAAAGCGCUGACGCCAGCCCUGUGCUUGGAUCUGCUGUCGUUAUACCUCCGUACUCGAUCUUGCCGCAGCCCCCAUCAGGCUUUGAGUUGGACGUCAAAAUUGCAGACCUCGGCAAUGCGUGCUGGGUCCACAAGCAUUUCACAGAUGACAUUCAAACCCGUCAGUACCGCUCACCUGAGGUCUUGCUCGGGGCCAACUAUGACACUUCGGCCGAUAUUUGGAGUUCUGCGUGUCUGUUUUUCGAGCUGCUCACUGGCGAGUUCCUGUUUGAGCCAAAGACUGGACGAGAUUAUUCUCGAGACGAAGAUCAUAUGGCUCUCAUUCAGGAGUUAGUCGGGAAGAUGCCGAAACACUUGGCCACCCGUGGCAAGUUUGCCAAGGAGAUUUUCAAUCGAAAUGGUGAGCUUCGACACAUUGGAAAGCUUUGCAUGUGGGGCCUUCGAGACGUCCUGGUGUCCAAGUACGCGAUUGACUCGACUGAUGCCGACUCGUUCUCCUCCUUCCUGCUUCCCAUGCUUGAGCUCAACCCAGUGAUGCGAGCUACAGCAGCGCAGUGCCUCCAACAUCCAUUCCUUGCUGAAGAGCGAGAUAUUUUUGAGUCCCGGCAUGGCAAGCUCAGCUUUGAGUAGACAUGUCGCGGUUCGGAGUGAUGGGUUGAGCUGUUAUUGAUUAAACGCAAUAAUUUUUUGAUUUUGAGUUCC